AUGAAGGCGCACAACGGCCGCUCCUCACUCAAGUACUUUCCCGGCGACGAUAAGGCCUACCAGUAUAUCGAGGAACCUCCUGCGGGCGUGGAGUGGAAGAACUUCGAGAUCAUCUCUCACCCGGCGACUAUCCACAACGCCCGCGGCCGAGAGGACGAGCUGACUCUCGACAAGGGCGGCUUUCAGUUUAUCAACUCACCGAGCGUUGAGCGCGAGUUCGACGACGAAGAGUGCAUCAAGGCUCAAUACUACCCUGAAGUCGAGGGGCUGUUGAAGAAGGCCACGAGUGCGAAGCGCGUCGUCAUAUUUGAUCAUACCCUCAGGCGCAAGCUUGCCGAGGGCACCACGGACAAGCCGGGGAAUCGCGGGCCUGAGCUGAUGGUGUACAUCGACCAAACCCCGAGCGCGAGCGUCGAGCGGGUCAAACACCACCUCCCCGCCGAAGCAGAUCGUCUCCUCGGGUCGCGCGUGCGCCUUAUCAACGUUUGGCGCCCCAUUCACCACCCUGUCGCGCACUUCCCGCUCGCGGACCUGAUCCCGAUCGACUUCAUCUACCCCACCCGCAGGGGCGAGACGUACGGCGUGCGCCACAACCCCCAGCAGAAGUGGUACUACCUCCGGGACCAGGCCCCCGACGAGGUCACCCUCAUCAAGUGCUACGACCCCGACGAGACCCUGGCGCGUCUCAUGCCCCACACCGCGUUCGAGGAUGAGACCAGCCCGAAGGACACGCCCCACCGGGAGUCGAUCGAGGUCCGCGCGCUCCUCCAGUCACGAGUACUGGAUGGUCACGAUAGGCCUCGCAGUUAG